AUGGAACUAUCUUUAAAAGAAGUACAAAAUACAGAAAAUAAACAUACAAUGGAGCAAAUAACACCUGAUAAUAAUGCAAUUCGUACAGAACCAUCGCUUUUAGUGCAAGAAAUACCCCCAGUAGCCAUUUCACCACACACAACAGUGGUUUCUUCUCAUCAGGCACCACUUCCUUAUUAUCCGAUAUCUACAUCUAAUACUACUUCAUUAAAUGAUAUUGCAGAAACACAUGCACCUCCAUUGAAAGAAAUGGCAACAGCAACAAAUAUACAAUCACAAAAUAGAAUAAUUUCUACUGUUCCUACACGAAUUUAUUUAAACGAGAAUGUGACACCAGUGCUUUUAGAAGGCAUGAAAAUUAUUGCAAAAGAAAGACCCCCCAAUCCAUUACAAGUACUUGGCGAAUAUUUAAUUAAUAAAAGUAAAAAAUAG